AUGCUAGACGACUUAACGGGGGAUGUCCUAGGUCUCGUGUUAAGCUAUUGUCCCAUCUCUGAUUACAAAUCUAUGACGUUGUUUUCCCGAUCAUGUUAUGAGACACAUUUUCGAGAUCCAAACUCAUCUGCCUUUACGGAAUGGUUAUUGCAGAUCAUUGCUAAAAGUAGUGAAAAGACAAGGAAUGAUGGAGAAAGUAUGACCAGAGAGAUGUGGAAUGAAAUUGAAAAAUUCAAGCCCUAUGUUUGGAAGCAAUUAAGCAGAAGAAAGUUAAUUCCUAAGGAAACAACUCUGGAUCAAAUUUCAUCCCUAAAUUGUUUACAAGUUAUUUUCUUUAUGAAUAAUAAUUGGUUGGAGAUGAAAAAUUUGUUCUUCUCUUCGGAUUUUUACACUUUUCAAGCUAGUUCUAGAUUUAGCAAUUUGAAUGGGAUUUUAUCUGAAGAUUUGAAUGAGGAUUUUCAUUCAGUCUUGGUUCAAAAUGAGGGAAUUACCAUUGAGGCAUGGAUAAAUAUUCCAUAUGAAUGGAAUACAGUGCAUGGAAAUGAUUGUGUUCUAGUAUUGAGAAAUAAGGAUUCGAAACAUGGUAUUGGAUUAUAUAUUUCUCCAAAGUUAGAUAUUAGAUUUGGAGUUGGAUCUAAACAAACUCAAUGCUAUCUCACCAAAUCAUACGAAUGGACACAUGUUGCUGGAGUGUAUGAUAUGAAGAGUAAUUAUGCAACAUUUUACGUGAAUGGAGAAGCAUUUGACAAGGUAUUUAUUUCUGAUGGAGAUUUGGAUUUUGAAAAGAAUAAUAUGGAGCUAGUGAUUGCUGCCGCUUCUGAUAUUCAUUCUGGAACUAUGAAGGGUGAAUUUACAGAUAUAAGAGUGUGGAAUGUUGCCAGAUCGGGUGAACAAAUUAGAAAAAGUAUGGGAAGAAGAAUAUUUGUCUAUCACUUUGAGAAUACUGAGGAUAUGAAUUAUUUAAUAUUCAAUUAUUAUCCAGAUCCAAAGAUGGAUGCAGGCAAUCUUAUUCUCAACAAGUCACCCAAUUUCAUAUAUAGAGCUGGACAAUUCACUUUACAAUCACAUAUUGAUUUCUUGGGAGGUCCAAUUCAAAGCAGACUAUUCCACAAUUCUUUGAAAACAGCAAAAUUCAAAAUCUAA